AUGGAAGCACGCGCCCCAUUCCCGAGCAACCCAGAAGACUUCGCCGAAGAUCCGCGCAUUGCUUAUUCCAAAGAAGAUGCGACCUACAUUCUUGAGGAUGAGAGCGGAGAGUGGGAGUGGCUCCCAGGUCCGAGCCGCUGGAGCAAGAUGGUACGCACCUGCAGAGAUCCUGUCCAACGAUACCGUACGCGUAGACAGACGUCUGGUUUGCGUUCUUGCCCUAUGCUGUGAUGAAGCGAAAUCGCCGCAGAGACAUCUAACUUUACGACGAGUAACAGACGGAUGAAGCCGAGAUUCAGCGGCAGGCGGAAGCAUACAAGAUGCAAGGAGUCGACGAGGACGCUCCCGCGCUCAACCCGGCCAAGAAGCGCAAGGAAGCUCUCGACACAGUGCGUGCAGUACCUGCUACCUGCUACCUGCUAUGCUCAACUUCGACCUUACUGAUUCUCCCAGCUCGAGAACAGCUCCAAAUCUGCCAAGACUGCGCCAGGCGCCACUGCGUCAACUAAGCCAAAGCAGCCCAAGCCCAACACGGCUAUCUACGUUACCGGCAUCCCCGCUGACGCCCACUUGGAUGAGAUCAAAACUCUCUUCUCUCGGUGCGGCGCCAUCCAGGAGUCUGUCGAGAGCGACGAAAAGCGCAUCAAAAUGUACUACGAUCGGGAGGGGAAGUUCAAGGGCGAGGCUCUUAUUAGUAUGUCUUGGGUCCCAAGAUGUGAUCAUGAAGCUGACGACUCUCUCCAGUCUUUCUCUCUCCUACCUCGGUGACCAUGGCCAUCAAUCUCUACGACGAGUCGCCGUUCGUUCGCGACGACCCAAAGGACCCCACCAGUACCAUCCGCGUUGUGGAAGCCGACCGUAGCUUCAAAGCAACCAAAGAUGACGACGAAGCUGAGGAGGCUUCUGAGAAGACGAGGGCGAAGUUCAAGUCUAAGCCCACCAAGGCACAGAUCAAGUCUAAGCAGGAAGAGAUGUACAGGUAAUGCAUGAAAACGCUGCUCUAAAAAAGCUGGAUCAACUUUCUAACAACCAUGGAUAGGCGCAUUAACGACUGGUCUGACGAUGAGCCCUCAACGAUUUCCCAAACUUCCUCGCGCUGGGACAAAGUCGUCGUCAUUAAGAAUGCUUUUACUCUCAAGGAUCUCAGUGAGGAUCCAACGUACAUUGAAGACCUGAGAGAUGAUAUGACGGAGGCGGCGGAGAAGCAUGGCAAAGACGUUUACGUGACCGUCUACGAUCUUGAGGAAGAGGGAGUGGUUACCAUUCGGUUCAAGAAUGCCAUGGCUGCUAAGGCUUGCGCUGAGCAGCUUGACGGGAAGGGAUACAGUGGCAGAAAGCUCAAGACUUCGAUUGCAACAGGCCGUGAGUGGUUCAAGAAGUCCCGCGAGGCGGUUGACAAGGUAGCCGAGGAGGCCGAGCGACUUGAGGAGUAUAGCAACUUCAUCGAGGGCAAAAGUGAGAAGGGAGAGGAUAAUGACAAGGCCCAUGGAGCGGCCAAUGGAGCGGCCAAGGGCAAGAGCGAGUGA